AUGCCACCAGGGGCAGGUACGCCCCGAAAGGAAACUCGAGAAGGCGGUGCGUGUGAGAAGCUUCUUUUUGGCGGUCACGGAGCACAAGAAAAUCAUCUUCGCCACAGCGCAACUCAAGAAACCAGAUCUUUCUGCGCACAGUCAGAAAUAACCAAAAUCCUAAAGACAUUCUCGAAGUAAGUUUUGAUUUAAUUUCCCUGUUAUUUGUCAACUUUUACGGCAGAUUUUGCCAACAAAACGUGCACCAUUUCCUCAGUCAAUUCGGGCAGGUGGCAGACACACAAAGCACAAUGAAUUUCAAAUCGAAAAUAGUUUUUCCUUGUUUUAAUUUGGCUGUAAAUGGUGAGUUGUAUACUUGUAUUCCUACGAGCCCUGUAGACUCACAUUUUGGGCCGAUAUAUGGCAAUACGAAGCCUUUUGGGGAAUAAAAUUCUACUUCUAUAUUUACAAAAAUGUCUCAAUUUAGUUCGCGAACUUUGGUUGAAUAUAUAUUUAUACACGUAAACGUCGCCAUUUCGUGGCAAAUUCCUGCUUAUUAUUGAUAUCUAUUAAAUGUUUUCGAUAUAAAAUACCAGCUGUUUCAAAAAUAUGGCAAGUUGGAAUGAAAUUUGGAAAUGAUUAAGAUAAAAAAAGCUGCACAAUGUAUGUGACGGUUUGAAUUUCAUAAUGAUCUAGCCUGUGUCACGUUUUAUGAAAUUGCCUUAAUUAUAUAUGUGCAUAUCACAAUAUACACAUAUACAAAUAUGGAAUAUUGCAGUUAUUUAAUAGGCCUGUUUCACAGGGAAAAAUUGAACUUUCCAUUAAUUACUGGGUUUUUGAAUGGAGUUUGUCUAAUAUGCGAGUCUGCGAGUUGCGAGUCUGCGAGUUGCGAGUUGCGAGUCUGCGAGUUGCGAGUCUGCGAGUUUACGGUGGGGAUUUAUUGCGUCGAAAACGCUCACUUAAGUGUAAUUUUGUGUGUUUUGUGACAAACUAGUCUUAUAUUUUAUACUUUGACAGAUCUUUUCAUUCUAAGAAAUGCUCUCGUUUCACUUUUUCAAAUUUUUAAAUUUUGGCGGGAAAAUGAUGUCUUCCUUUUGGCGCCAAUAUUUUGUUUAAGUGUUAAGACUUCCUUAGUUAAUUUUUCAAAAGUUAUAUGUUGUGUAAACUUCAAAACCGAAAAUAUAAUCUAAUUAUCUUUAUUCGAUCAAGAGUUAUAAUGGAUGGAACGUUCAGAUUUCGGCCAUUUUGUUACUAAAAAUAGCCCAAAUCUGAAAAUUCCAUCCUUUAUAACUCUUGAUUGAAUUAAGAUAAUUCAAUUAUUGUUUCGGUUUAGAAGAUAAUAUAGCCUCUUAUUUUAGAAAAAUUAACAAACGAAGUCUUAACACUUAAACAAAAUAUUGGCGCCAAAACGAUGACGUCAUUUUCCCGCCAAAAUUUGAGAAAUUCGAAAAAGCGAAACGAGUCUGUCUGUCAAAGUAUAACAUAUAAGAUCAAUUCGUCAAAGCACACAAAAUUACACUUAAGUGAGCGUUUUCGAGGCAAUAAAUCCACACCGUAAACUCCGCAGACUCGCAACUCGCAGACUCGCAAUAUAGCCGACCUCUUUUGAAUGUAAUUAGAACUGAACUCUUACCAUUGGUUACUAUAGAUUUCCCAUAAGGUAAAUUGGUAAAAAACCAUAUUUAUCAUUAUAAUAUAGCAUUUAUAAAUUCUGAAUGCUGAUUGGCUAAGAGCCAUCUUGAUAUUGCUGAUUGGCUAAGAUAACGCUGAUUGGCUAAGAGCCGUGUUGACUCGUGGAAGUUGGGAAAACUCGAAAUCAAUUUCUCGUUUUCCCAAUUCCACUCGUGUUGAUAUAACUGUAUAUCAACACGGAAAAUGUUUUAUAUUUGUUAAUUACUGUAUUUUUUCCUGUGCACAGGAAAAUACCAGUAUUAAUUAAUUAAACAUGGUUUUACCAAUUUACCAUAUGGGAAUUUUAGGCAGUACCCUAGUAUAAAAACAUGAACUUGUGGAAUUAGAGCUUGCCAACUGGCCUCUGUAGCUUAGUUAGACCAGAGUGGCAGGGCUGCAGGCUGCCUCCUCCGCAGGCCCUCGUCGUGUCAUGGGAAGGUCACAAUUUCGAGAAGGCCUGCGGAAAUAUCGUGUAAAAUGAAUAAAUGUUGUUCUAAACCUGCUUUGUUAAAGAAGGCAGUUUUAUUUGUGCAACGUUGGUGUGGACAACAAACCUGAUCGUUAAAAAAUGCUUCCUUCCAUGUAUGUUGUUAGAGUCGCCAUUUUAAUUUACAAGUUUCACGCUGCUUUUUUUAUAGCCUGUUUAUAUUCAAGAUUAUGUCAUUAUGUAUAAAUUUAUUUGCUAACAUGACGCCUGCGCCAUAAUUUUGUGUGUGACCUUCCCAUGACGCAACAAGGGCCUGUGGAGGAGGCAGAGGCUGCAGGCUCGAUUCUUGCCUGGGAUCUAAAGUUGCAUAGUUUUCCAAGUAUGGUUCCUGGUUAGGUCUAAUAAAUGUAUAUAAAUUUUCACUCGAUAAUUUCCGCAAGACCUGAAAUCUAUAAUAACCUGUAAUGGUAACUGGUAAGAGUCCAGUUUUUACAUUGAUAGUUACAUGGUAAAUUUUUAAAAAACAUUAAUGGAAUUUUUUCCUGUAAAACUAGCCUUGUUUUUCCUGUUAUUUUCAUUACACAAGGUGAACUGGUCUGGAUUGUCAGAAGUCUGUCAGAAUUAUCUCAUUCUUUUCUGACAAUUUUCAGUAUGUCUUGUACAAAUUUUUAAAUGAGUUUGAUCGUUCAUUUUAGUCCAAAAUGGCACAUGUCAGUCAUGUGGUAAACAUGCACCACGAUGGUUCCCAUUCUCCUGAAAUAGUGAUGCACGAUGCCACAGAUCACUUUCAAAAUAUGACCCACGAUUCGUCUGCAAUGUCGGAACCCUCAUCACCCGAAUCUGCAACAUUUGAUGACUCUGACCUAAUUAAUUCCUGGGUUACUGAUGUCGUUACCAGCCAGUUAGCCGCGGCAGGACCUAUUGGGGUUGCUGCAGCAGCUGCCGUUGCUACCGGUUACAAGAGAAAACGGCCACACUCAUAUUUUGAGACAAACCCAUCCAUCCGCAAACGUCAGCAAACCAGGUUGCUGCGCAAGCUGAAGGGGACUGUGGAUGAAUAUACAACACGUGUUGGUCAGCAAGCGGUUGUUCUUUGUGCAUGUCCAGGAAGAGCAAAUCCAUUAUUUAAGGUACAUACUGGGUCAUUCCAGAAAAUGUCCAUACCUUCCCUCUUUGGGUGUCCCAAUACACUUACUAUAAUCAGAGAUAAAUUUUUCUCCCCUCCUAUUUUUCUCCCCUCCCCCUGAUCACAUGAGGGCACCCUUAUCACAUUGCACAGACUAUGUCGUAGUCUAUCACCCUCCGGACAGCGGAAAUUUCCUGCUCGGGGGUAGGGUAGAUCUUUUCUGGAACAACCAAUUCAGAUUUUUUGAUUAUCUGUGAUGAUAAGCACGUGUCAUAAUGCCAUUGUCGUGCUAAAUAUAGCAAAAGUAUAGUGUAGCAAAUUGAUUAAUAAUUUCUAGGUGUUUGGUGCAGCGCCUCUGGAGAAUUGUGUGAAGGGCCUAAAACCACACAUCCUGCAAAGUUUGGAAGCGGCAUUGGCACAGCAGACACCAACCCCCAGUCAGGACAACAACGGCCUCUUCAAGCUCCCACCGUUGCACAUAGAUGGCAUCCCAACUCCCGUCGACAAAAUGCCCCAAGCACAACUCAGAGCAUUCAUACCACUGAUGUUAAAAUAUUCCACUGGCCGAGAAAAACCGGGUUGGGGGCGGGAUUCAACUAAAGCCCCAUGGUGGCCUGACGAGAUUCCGUGGCAAAAUGUCCGUUCCGACACUCGCACUGAGGAGCAGAAAGCGAAGCUAUCCUGGACCAACGCCUUGAGAAUGAUUGUUAAGAACUGUUAUGAAUUCCAUGGCAUCUCAGAUCUAUUGCCAGAUUUCCAAGAUGGUGAUGGAUAUCCACAAGUACAGGGUACUCAUCCGAUCGUACACACCCUGACCAACGCAGCAAUGUCGGAACCCUCAUCACCCGAAUCUGCAACAUUUGAUGACUCUGACCUUCUUAAUUCCUUGGUUACUGAUGUUGUUACCAGCCAGUUAGCCGCGGGAGGACCUAUUGGGGUUGCCGCAGCGGCUGCCGUUGCUACCGGUCGCAAGAGAAAACGGCCACACUCAUUUGAGACAAACCCAUCCAUCCGUAAACGUCAGCAAACCAGGUUGCUGCACAAGCUGAAGGGGACUGUGGAUGAAUAUGCAACACGUGUUGGUCAGCAAGCGAUUGUUCUUUGUGCAUGUCCAGGAAGACCAAAUCCAUUAUUUAAG